AUGAUCAAGAAAUGUAUCACAUACGAGGGUGAAUUACUACCCUUUCAUCAAUUUGACAUGGAUGUUGGCUAUGAUACGGGUCUGGAUCGUGUUUUUGUUAUUUGGCCAAUAACAGUUUGUCAUGAAAUUGACGAAAACAGCCCGCUGUAUGAAGUAAGCAGAGAAAGUCUGAGCACAGCGCGAUUCGAGAUUAUUGCUAUUCUGGAAGGUGUUGUGGAAUCAGUGGGCUCCACGACGCAAGCACGAACCAGUUAUCUGCCAAAUGAAAUCUUGUGGGGAAAACGAUUUGAAAAACUGGUGACUUAUCAACGCGAGAACGGCGAGUAUAGAAUUGAUUUUGGAAAAUUUCAUAAUGUUUAUGAUGUGGAUACACCAUCUUGCUCGGCAAAAGAGCUUGACAAAAUGCGGGUA